CACAACAGCUGUUUACUAACACGUUUCACCGCAGCAGUUCAGCUAAAAUGGCAUUUCGGGGCUCCCUGGUUCAGCUGGGCCGCAGGACUGUUCAGAAUGAGAGGAAUAUUCGUGUUCUGGUUCAGACUCGGACUGUUCAUAGCUCCGCUGUACCGGAGGAACCUCCAGCUGCUCCCACCGCUGCAGAGCUGAAGCAGACCGGGCGGGUGAAGAGUCUGAGAGAAAUGCCAGGACCCGGAGCUAUCAGCAAUCUCAUCGAGUUCUUCUACAGAGACGGAUUCAGCCGCAUCCACGAAAUACAGAGAGACCACUGUCAGAAACAUGGAAAGAUUUUUAAAUCACGCUUUGGGCCACAACUGGUUGUGUCAAUAGCAGACAGAGACAUGGUGGCACAGGUGCUAAGAGCUGAAGGUGUAGCACCUCAGAGAGCCAACAUGGAGUCUUGGAAGGAGUACAGAGACAUGAGAGGGCACUCCACCGGCCUCAUUUCAGCUGAAGCUGAUGAGUGGCUGAAGAUGCGCAGUGUGCUGCGUCAACUGAUCAUGCGCCCACGUGAUGUGGCCAUUUUCUCAGACGACGUAAACGAAGUGGUGGCUGAUCUCAUAGUGAAAGUUCAAAAACUCAGAAGCCAACAGCCUGACGGACUCACUGUCCUCAACGUUAAUGAUAUGUUCUUUAAAUUUGCCAUGGAAGGUGUGGCAACAAUCUUGUACGAAACUCGUCUGGGCUGCUUGGAAGACAAAAUUCCCAAGAUGAGUCAGGAAUACAUCGAAGCCCUCCAUCUGAUGUUCAGCUCCUUCAAGACCUCCAUGUACGCCGGAGCAAUCCCCAAGUGGCUGCGACCAAUCAUUCCCAAACCCUGGGAGGAGUUCUGCAGUUCCUGGGAUGGAUUAUUUAAAUUUAGUCAGAUCCACAUUGAUAAGAAGCUGGCGGAGCUCAAAAAGAAGCUGGACCGGGGUGAGGAGGUGAAAGGUGGUCUGCUUACACACAUGCUGGUCACUAAAGAGAUGAACCUGGAGGAGAUCUAUGCCAACAUGACUGAAAUGCUACUGGCUGGAGUGGAUACGACCUCCUUCACAUUAUCAUGGAGCACAUACCUCCUGGCCAAGCAUCCCACGGUGCAACAGCAAAUCUAUGAGGAAGUGACAAGUGUAUUGGGUGGGCGAGUCCCAACCGCUGAUGAUGUUCCUCAGCUACCACUCAUCAAAGGACUUGUCAAAGAGACCCUUAGGCUUUAUCCUGUUCUUCCUGGAAAUGGUCGGAUAACUCAGGAGGAUCUCGUCGUAGGUGGUUACUUCAUCCCUAAAGGGACUCAGUUGGCUCUUUGUCAUUACUUCACCUCUAUGGAUGAGGAGACUUUUCCAGAAGCGAAUGAUUUCCGACCGGACCGCUGGCUCCGUAAGGAUGCUUUAGAUCGAGUGGAUAACUUCGGCUCCAUCCCAUUCGGUUAUGGCAUCAGGAGCUGUAUCGGCAGACGGAUAGCAGAACUUGAAAUGUACUUGUCCCUCACUCAGCUGCUUCAGAAGUUCAGCAUCGAGGUGGCUCCACUCACAGGCAACGUUCCAGCCAAAACUCAUGGCCUGCUCUGUCCUUCUGCACCCAUUAAUGUUAGGUUUGUUGAUCGUGUUUAGCUACUAAAUAAAUUUGCCUAGAUGCAGCUUUUUUGCCAAAUUACUGAAUUCCAUUGUAAUAAUAUGCCAUUGUAGACACAUGUGCACAAGUCAGAGUAUCCAUCUAAAACAUGGAGCUUCAGUUCAUUGUUAAACUUCUUUCUAUACCCACAAAUUCUACAUGUUCCCGAGCCUCCCAACACACAUUUCAAUGUACAACUGCUGCUAACAUUUGUACAAAUGACAAAUAAACUUUAAACUUGAAA